GUGGCGAAGAAAAUACGAGAGGAGGAGCAGGAACAGUUAAGUCCACCAAAAGAAGAGAAGAAAAAGAAGAAGAAAUCGAAAAAGGGAGGGGAAGAACAGAAGAAGAAUGAAGCCGUUGAUAUAUCAUUAGAUCCCAAAAACUUCCUUCAGGUGGAAACGACGAAUUUGACAAAAGUAUCGGCUGAAGCAAUGGACAGGAUGGAUGAGUUCGAUGAAGAUCAAGCUCACGUUAUUGCGGAGGCUUUCAAAGAUGAUGACGUCAUUGGAGACUUUGAAGAAGAUAAAAUGCUGGUUGAGGAAGGUGAGCGCCCAAAAGACGUCGAUCUCACGCUACAGGGAUGGGGAUGUUGGGUUGGUCCGGGAAUGACAGAACGAAAGCGACGUAAACAGUUUGUCAUAAAGGCAAGAGAGAAAAGGCGCAAAGACAAAAAUCGACCUGGACUAAUCAUUAAAGAACUCGACGAAAAGAGUAUAAGUAAGCUCCAACCGACUAGUCUUCCGUUUCCCUACACAAGCGUAGUGGAUUUUGAAACAAUGGUCUCACAACCUAUAGGCAAAGACUGGAAUCCAAUAGGAGUCGUCCAGGAACUGUGCAAGCCUUCAGUCGUUACUCAGGGUGGUCGUACUAUACGCCCAAUGGACAAGGAGGAUGUUCUUGCUGGAAAAUUAGCGCUCGAUACAGAUUGA